GCUGCUGCAGUGCUGCUGCUUCCGCCUCCGCCAACUGAACUACUGGAGGGAUGCUAGCAACCGCAGGAGGCCGCGCGGUGUUCCACCUCCGCCCGCGCCCGCCAUGGCGAGCCCCUCCUCCUCCCGCCACCACGCACCUCUCCCACUCAGCGCCCGCGAGGCGCGCCGACCACCAUCGCCUCCCCCUAGGUUUUUUAUCAACUAUGGAAGUGGGGAUUUCAUCAGUCUACUUGGGUCAGCGGGCGCACUCUGCAACAUGUAGCUAUUCUUUGGAUGAUAGGUUACAGGGAGAGCUAGAUGAUAUGAAUGGAGAACAGAGAAAGCAAGAGACGGUCGGUGCAUUUCAGAAAAUACCAAUGGUGAUGCCUGCAACUGAUAUACUAAUGUCAGCACAAAGGAAAUCUAGAAAUGUGCCACCGACUAAGGGUAUAGCAAAUAUUGCUAAGCGUGAAAGGAACAAAGGUGCGAAACAGCUUGAUGCCUUAAUGAAAGAACUUUCUGUACCGUUGAGAACAUACACAGAAAACUUCCCAAAGAGGAGAGAUUUGCAUCCUUAUGAGAGGUCUCUCAUUGAGUUGACCUUUGGGGAGGGUUAUUAUGAGCAGGUUCUAGGACGUGUAGAUACUCUGAGGAAAAGGAUUACUUCUGUUGGAAAGCAACAUGCUUCAGUCUGUGCUAAGUCAACAACAAAACGUGAAGCAGAGGAGCGCCUCACUGAGGGCAGAAAGAAGCUUGAAGAGGCUUUCCAGCAUGGGAAGCAUGCUGUUGAUGAUUUAGUAAAUGUAGCAAAGGCUUUGCGUUCUAUGCCUGUUGUUGAUCUGCAUAUUCCAACACUAUGUCUAGUUGGAUCACCCAAUGUGGGGAAGUCAUCAUUAGUCCGCAUAUUAUCAUCUGGAAAACCUGAGGUCUGCAGCUACCCAUUCACAACAAGAGGGAUUCUAAUGGGUCACAUUGUAUCCAAUCACGAACGUUUUCAGGUUACGGACACUCCAGGACUCCUGACGAGGCAUGAUGAUGACAGAAAUAACAUAGAGAGAUUGACACUUGCUGUCCUUUCUUAUCUACCUAUCGCUGUCCUGUAUGUGCACGAUCUAUCUGAAGACUGUGGCACCUCAGUGGCCGAUCAGUACAUCACAUACAAGCAUAUUAAGGACAGAUUUGGCGAUCGCCUAUGGCUUGAUGUUAUAUCCAAAUGCGAUCUUUUAGGAAAGAAAGAGCCCAUAAGCUUUCACGAUGCCGAUGAUGUAGCACAGUACAGAAGAUUGGGGCCAGAAGGCGCCCUCCGAGUAUCUGUGCAGAGUGAAAUCGGCGUCAAAGAGCUAAAGGAAAGAGUGCAUGAGCUACUGACCUCUCAGAUGGCUCGGAUCAAAGCUAGCAAGGCGGAGCAUGAAACACAGGAAAUUAGGACUAGUGUUGUUUACUGAAGUUUGACAAUGAACACCCGAACAUCCAUGCUGGAAGUUUGUAUAAACAUUCCACUAAUGUCGAUGAUGGUAACACGUUUCAUCUGUUGUCAUUUUACCCAUCUGGAAAGGGUUGGUCAAAUGCUAGUAUGAAUAUGAUUGCCCAUUUUGUUUCCCCCUA